AUGUAUGGGCGGUGGCCCGAUGUUGUUAUCAUCCUUUUCAUAUUUCUUUUUGCAAAAGCAGCUAUCAAAUACACAUUCCGCCGGAGGAUAAUGAAGCAAGAAGGGUGUCAAGCUUCGUGCAAAAAGGCAUUUGUUCGAGACCCUUUCAUCGGGCUCGACUUUGCCUAUGACCGCCUGUUCCAUGGAUCCCCAGCAAGGAACCUGAAAGGCUCUUUGGAAAUGUAUAGACGCCUUGGUUCCACGUACACCGUCAAUCGGUUGACAACACAGACGGUCUAUACAUGCGAUGUUGGAAAUAUCAAACACCUACUGGCAACCCGCUUCGAUGACUACAAACUCCCAGCUGUGAGGGUGUCUGUUAUGGGUGACCUACUGGGUCCGGGAAUCUUUACCCUCAAUGGGCACUCAUGGUCUAGCGCACGUUCCCUCCUUAGGCCUGCCCUGAAAAAAGAGAGGUUGUGCGGUCUAUCAAACAUCCUGGAGCGUCACAUUCAGUCAAUGCUUAGCCAGAUCUCGUCCCAGGGCGGCUCACUUGAUCUGCAGCCUUUAUUCUUUAGUCUCACAAUGGAUAUUGCUACCGAGUUCCUCAUGGGCUAUUCCACGAAUAUGCUCAAUAAUCCGGAUGGGAGUGCGCAACAGUUCGUCGAUGAUUACAUGGUUUGCUCCAUUGAAGCUGCUAGGAAGAUGACGCUUGGCCCUCUCCAAUUCCUCCGGUUCAAUUCUGAAGCCAAGCAAUCAAAGGCGAGGGUAUUCAAGUACAUUGAUGAUUAUAUCGAGAAGUGUUUGAAGCGGAUGAAGACCGGUAACUCAACGGUUGAACAAAGCAACCUUCUUCAGGAAUUGUCCGGCGCUAUCAAAGACCGCAAAAUGCUACGCGAUCAAGUCUUGCAUAUUCUUCUUGCUAGCCGAGAUACCACAGCGAGUCUCCUGAGCAAUCUCUUCUUCGUGCUUGCGCGGAUGCCAGAUGUUUACGCCAAAUUGAGAAGUGAGAUCAUGGCUGCGGUGGGUGACUCCGUGCCAGACUUUAGUCAAUUGAGGGAACUCCAGUACCUUAGAUGGUGCAUUAAUGAAUUACGUCUUCAUCCCGUCAUCCCUUCCAAUGCUCGAGAGGCAGCCAAAGACACAGUCUUACCUGCCGGCGGCGGACCAGACGGCGGCUCGCCACUCUUUGUCAGGCGUGGCACAAUUGUUCUGUACCAUGUCUAUUCGAUGCAUCGAGAUCCUGCGGUCUACGGCAACGAUGUGGAGGACUUCAGACCAGAACGCUGGGAUGGGCUGCGGCCGGGAUGGGCGUUCUUGCCAUUCAGCGGUGGGCCGAGAGUAUGCAUCGGGCAACAAAUGGCAUUGAUGGAGUCGUAUUAUAUAGUUGUGCGGCUGGUUCAGGCUUUUGAGAGUCUCGAGCCGACGGAUUACAAGCAAUGGAGGGAGCUCUUUGCUCUGGCGACGACUUGUGAGAAUGGAGUUCACGUGAAACUGCAUAAAGCGUAA